AUGGCAACAUUUCUUCAGCCUUCGUUCGUCGCCGCCCGUUUCGUAUCUGCCGUCCCUUCCUUUACAGCCCCUCCGCUAGACUCCGCCUUCCCCCUCACAUUUGCACGCAUUCCACCCGCAAGUGUCGCGCUCACCUCUUCCCCAUGCGUCCUCCCCCACGCGCCUCUCCGCGGGGCACCUUCCCGCGCGCGGAUCCGCUCAUCGCCUCGUACAGCGGCGGCACGCGCGGCAGCAGGGGGCGACGAGCCGCUUCCCGCGGGUGGCGACCCGGAGUUGGCAGUAGCGGCGUGGGAGGCGCUGGUAGCGGUGCGCGCGAGCCGCCCUCUGGUUCACUGCAUCACUAACUUCGUAUCCAUGGAUGCCGCUGCCAACACACUCCUCGCCACUGGCGCUGCCCCAGCCAUGGUGCACUCUGUAGAGGAGGUGCGCCCCUCCCCACCCACCAUUCAGUGGCAGCGUGAGUCCACUGGUAUCCAUGGAUGCCGCUGCCAACACACUCCUCGCCGCUGGCGCUGCCCCAGCCAUGGUGCACUCUGUAGAGGAGCCCCGCAAGUGGAGGAUUUUGCCAGGAAACAUUCCCACACCCACACCAUAUUGGUGUUACACCCACACCAUCUUGGUGUUACACCUUCGAGAAUUCUCAAAAGUCACUCCCACACCACACCUCCCCUUGUCUUUUCCUCCCCCAAACCCCCACCACAUCUCCCCACCACCCCUCCCCUCCCCAUUCCCCCUUCCCCCCUUCUCUUUCUCCCCCAUUCUCUCCUCAAGCUGCCAGGUGGAGGAGUUUACCAGCCUGGCAUCCGCUCUCUACGUGAAAAUCGAAUUUCCUUGGACCCCGCGCACAACUUCCCCUGUCCCGCCCUUCCCCCACACCCCACCCCCCUUCUCUCCUCAAGCCGCCAGGUGGAGGAAUUUGCCAGCCUGGCAUCGGCGCUCUAUGUCAACAUCGGCACGCUGAGCCCUGAUUGGGUGGACUCCAUGAAACGGGCAGCCAAAGUUAUUUCUGCCCGGAAUCGGCCGUGGGUCCUGGACCCUGUGGGUUGCGGCGCCACGUCGUACCGAACCAAGACCUCAGCCGAGCUCCUGGCGCUGCGACCAACGGUGACCUCAGCGGAGCUCCUGGCACUGCAACCAACGGUGGUGAGAGGCAACGCGUCUGAAGUGCUUGCUCUGGCCGGCGCCGUCAGCGCAAACACCCGGGGGGUAGACAGCACAGUAGCGUCAACAGCACCAGUGGCAGCAGCACGGCAGCUCGCAUCAGAGUUGGGGACAGUGUGUCGGGAGCAACAGAACUCGUCCCCUGCUUCUCCUUCCUCUCCCCACCCCCCCACACAUCCUCCCCACCAGGGGGUAGACAGCACAGUAGCAUCAACAGCAGCAGUGGCGGCAGCACAACAACUGGCAUCGCAGGGAGGGACAGUGGUGGCAGUGUCGGGAGCAACGGAUUUCAUCACAGACGGCCGCACCAUGCUGGCGUGUGGCAACGGGGUGCCUCUCCUGCAAGCCAUCACCGCCACAGGCUGCAGCGUCACUGCUCUCAUCACUGCCUUCGUUGCUGCUGCUGCUGUUGCUGCUGCUGAUGAUGACCAGCCACCUCUGCUGCAAGCCAGCACUGCCACUACUCACGCCGUUCUUGCGUGUCACAACGGGGUGCCUCUCCUUCAAGCCAUCACCGCCACAGGCUGCAGCGUCACUGCUCUCAUCACUGCCUUCGUUGCUGCUGCUGCUGCUGCUGAUGAUGAUGAUGAUGAUGAUGAUGAUGACGACGACGACGACGACGACGACGACGACGACGACGACGACGACGACGACGACGACGACGACGACGACGACGACGACGACGACGACGACGACGACGACGACGACGACGACGUGAUGAUGAUGAUGAUGAUGAUGAUGAUGAUGGUCGUGGUCCUGCUUCGGGUGCGGAUCUGUCACCGCCUCUUCUCGCCACGGCCUGUGCUCUCGCUGUUUACGGGCUGCAGCGUCACUGCUCUCAUCACUGCCUUCGUUGCUACUGCUGCUGCUGAUGGUGAUAAUCAUGCUGGUGGGCCGUCGCCUCUACUCGCCACGGCCUGUGCUCUCGCGGUUUACGGGUAA